GAGAUAACUGAAGUAAACCUUUAAUGUGAAGGAAUUCCCCUCUGCCUUUCGCUUUCGGGGACCAUUACAGGCAAGCUGUUUUUCCGUGUUCGUGCAUAUAUUUUCGUGUUUCGCAGCAUGUCAGGAAGAGGGAAACCAACGAGAAAGCGGCCGACACGUGGGACAAGAGCUGCCACGAAGAAGAAACGCAAGGAACAAACCCCUUCGCAGUCGUCACCGCCCGGCAUGCCCGAAGCAGCGAUGGGACAGCAAGAUAACUUGGCGACAGCACGUGAACCCAGUCAAGUUCAAGCAGACAGGACGGCGCCUUCCCAGAUUUCGUCAGAUGUUUGGAUUGUAGGCUCAUCAUUUGUCUAAUGGUCUCAGCGGCAGAGUUACAGAUUGAAAUUCACCGAAGUGGUAAACGUCUGAGACCUGCAUCACUUCGAGCUUUCCUCCCACAUUAAGCUGACAUGCCGCGAUAUAACUGUAAUAGUGUUAAAAGCAGCGUUAAACCAAACUCACUCACUCACUCACUCACUCACUUUAUUUGUUACAUUUACUGCAAAGUUCAAUUAUUUUUGUCUAGUUUGUCCUAUUCGCGUUAUAGAGGUCCUCUCUAGCAGGAUGUUUAGCAUAAAUUGCGUGCAGGGUCAGCGCUCACAUUAAAUUUUCAUAUUUUAUGUAAACUUGAAAUUUUCAAAGUUCCAUGUAGCAGAGAGCAAUGUUGUUGUUGUGCGGCAAGCUCAUCAUUAAAGGGAUUUUGAACAUGUUUGAUGUUUUGUCAUGACAAUGAAUGCCAGAUAGAUUCAAUUACAAUACACCAUUCUACUAUUUUCAGAACCUGAAAAUUAUAAAUGUUAAUGUUGGAAGAAAUCUCAGCUUAAUUAUCUCUGUAUGAAUAUUCUUACAAACUAUUCCUUCCAUCGUUCUUCCUCUUUUAGUACAUACACUUUAUAAGACAAACAAGUUUUGAAUAAUUUGACAUACCCAAAUGCUGAUAUUCCCAAAUAGCCGAAGCCAUCAUUGCAACUGCUCGCGACUGAUCUGUUUGUUUACUUAAACUGCCAGUAAACAGUAAACUUUGUGCCCUGAAAGUGGAACAUGCACACGUUUGCCAUCAUCAAAAAGCUGGCCCUUGGAGCUGUACAUCGCGUUCCCGCACCACACAGGAAAAUAACAUAUGCACUUCAGAGAAGUUGCCAUGUGGUGGGAUGUUCAGUUAUACAUCUCGACUCUUACGAAGUGCACACCAAGUAAUCAGUAUCUAUCCGAUCUCCAUCAUUAUUUCGUCCAAUGACAAUAUGCGGACAUAAGGUGUUCAUGUUAACAGCCCUGAUGACUAAACAAAGACACUCGCUUUCUCGCCCUUAGAUGAUGUCUUGCCAUUUCAUUUCGUAAAGACUAAAACAUCAUAUUACAGCACCAUCGUUUUGCGAACUCCACAUCGCCUCCGAAACCGGGAACCUGUCAAAAGUGAAACUCAUCUUGUCCCAGGGACGGGCGGACAUUAAAGCAAAGAGUGAAUUGGUUGGACACCGGUGAUGUUGGCAGCUGGUAAUGGGCACCGAGAAGUGUUUGAGGAGAGGUGGAGAUGGUGAAGUAUGUCCUCUCACAUGACAUGGAGGACAUCAACAGUAGAGGAUGGAAGAAGAGGACACCAGUGAUGGUGGCAGCAUUGCGUGGACAUAAAGAAGAGGUAGAGUUACUCGUGGGUGAAGGAGCUGAUGUGUCACUCGUAUCUGAGAGGGGUGCAAACAUCCUUCAUCUUGCCAGUCGGGGAGGACAUGUGGAGGUGGUCAAGUAUGUCCUCUCACAAGUCAUGGUGCGUAUCAACAGUAGAGGAUGGAAGAAGAGGACACCAGUGAUGGCGGCAGCAUUGCAUGGACAUAAAGAAGUGGUAGAGUUACUCGUGGGUGAAGGAGUUGAUGUGUCACUCGUAUCUGAGAGGGGUGAAAACAUCCUUCAUCUUGCCCAUCGGGGAGGACAUGUGGAGGUGGUCAAGUAUGUCCUCUCACAGGACAAGGUGGGCAUCAACGCCAAAAACAACAAAGGACAAACAGCAGCCAAGAUAGCAAUAUCCCAGGAUCGAGGAGACAUGCUUUAUCUUCUUGUGUCGCAUGGUGCUGUCAUGAAAUGUUUGCGUAGACAUUCAUAUUAUAAAAGACAAUGUGUUGAAUACAAUUAUGACGUUCACGUGUUGAAUACAUUGAUGUUGUUACAGACAUUGAAGUGUAGAAUAAAAUCAUGUUGUUAUUGACACUGGCAUGUGGAA